GUAGUAGAACAUAGAAUUUCGUAAAACAAUAGUAGCUCGAAAAACCCAAUAAGUAAAUAACGAGACUAUCCGAAAAAAUAGUUUAGUCUACCGCCGUGACGGAGUUUUGAACUGGAAAGACGAAAAUGGUACGAAGGAAAGCAAAAAACCCCAUUCUAAAACCCUCCAACACCGAGAAAAAGAAGCCGCAGGCGGCGGCUUCCACUAAAGAUCGGCGGCUCAGCAACGCCGAAAGGUCGGCUUACUUUGGAAGAAGAGAAGCCGCUAAAGUCCUUCGAACUGUUCUUCAAGGUGACGCUCGACGCCGAGCCGUUGGCUCUAUAAAAUCCCUCAUUUUUAGCCCUUCCAUUCGUAACAAGAAAGGCACAUUCGCUCUCGUUUGCCAAACUCUCAAAUAUCUUCCUCUUAUAAAAGAUGUCUUAGAUACUUCUGAUGCAUUAAACAGCAAGUGGAAGAGGCAACAGGAGCUAAUGUAUACUGUAACCUACGACUUGCUUUUUGGCAAGGAUUUUUCAUCACAUGGCACCGCAGAGAAGUAUCUAUUUCUACGGAAAGCUGCUCUAGAGUCUGCCUUGGCAAAGAUACUAGUUAAACACAAGGUUAAACAAGUUGAAGACCUGCUUGCCCAGUAUGAGACCCCAGAUGUUCAGAAACCUCGAUAUGUUCGUGUAAAUACUUUGAAAAUGGAUGUUGACUCUGCUGUCACCGAACUUGGAAAACAUUAUACAGUUGAAAGGGAUGACUUAGUUCCAGAUCUGUUGAUUCUUCCACCUGGUGUGGACUUGCAUGAUCACUCUCUAGUGACAAGUGGAAACGUCUUAUUACAAGGCAAAGCAAGUUCCAUGGUAGCAGUUGCCCUUGGACCUCGGCCAGGUUGGCAGGUCCUUGAUGCAUGUUCUGCUCCAGGGAACAAAACUGUGCAUCUUGCCGCUCUCAUGAAAGGCAAGGGGAAGAUUGUAGCAUGUGAAUUGAACAAGGAUAGGGUUAAACUUCUGCAGAAUACUAUCCAAGUGGCUGGGGCAAAUAAUGUGGAAGUCCAACAUGGAGAUUUUCUGAAAAUUAACCCAGAUAAUCCAGCCUACUCGGAGCUUCGUGCUAUACUCUUGGAUCCUUCCUGCUCUGGAUCAGGGACUGCAGCUGAUAGACUGGAUCAUUUACUUCCUUCACAUAUGAAUAAUCAAACAGGUCAUUCAGAUGUGAUGCGACUGACUAAACUUGCAACUUUUCAGAAGAAGGCUUUAGAGCAUGCAUUAUCUUUUUCAUCAGUUGAGAGGAUCGUUUACAGUACAUGCUCUAUCCACCAAAUCGAAAAUGAAGAUGUAAUAAAAUCAGUCUUGCCUAUGGCUCUGGAGAAUGGUUUUGAGCUGGCAACACCCUUCCCCCAGUGGCCUCGCAGAGGUUUGCCAGUUUUUGAAGGCUCUGAACACUUGCUUCGGAUGGAUCCUGUUGAGGACAAAGAAGGCUUUUUCAUUGCUUUGUUUGUGAGAAAGAGCGAGAACAAAGAACAUCUUCAUCCUUGCAAAGCAGAGUGCUGCUCACACCAAUCGAGAACGCUAAGGACCUUCCCUUGUACUAGGCUGUCAAAGAUAUUGCUCCUCUCCUUGAUGGCAUCGCGCUAAUGCGCUGAGAAAGAAUGAUAGUCUAGUCUCGGUAUGUUUAGUUGUCAGUGAACCGACAUUUUGAAUGUCGUCGGUACACUUCUAGAAGGGACUGCAGUAGAGGUUAUGCUGCUUUUUUGGAUUCAGGAAGCCUUAAAAAGGGGAGCAUUUAACUGAUAGAAGACUCAGAAGCGUAUGUCUCAUUUUACGUUUACGACUCAAGCAUGAAAAGCUGCCCAGGACUUGUAGAGUUGUAGUUUUUUUUGAAGAGAUUAUAGAGUUGUAGUUAUUACUUAGAUGUUGCUUGAUUGAAUAUAAAGGUAGUAUUGUCUAAGUUGUUUUCCCAAACUGUUUUCCCUCAAGGUUUCAAUUCCUAGAAAGUGCCAAAAGUCAUUUUGUCACUCAUAGGAAGUUUUCCUCAAACCUUCGAUAUGAAGUUCUAUUUUCCUAGGUGGCUAGAUCCCCUAAAUAAAUUAUUUUCUCCAUCUUGUAGGAAUUAAAACACCUGAAAAUUCUUACUGUCUACAUUUCUA